GUGUUGUUAGGCGUGGAUGUAUAAAAAUAAACUGUUGGCGUUAGGGCUUCGGGCGUCAUCAAUGACGCCAUUGGUCUCAAAUGGUACAAGUUCCCGCGAUUUGGUGCUGAUGUAACGCGAGAUGUCAGUGACGUCACUUUUGGCGCGUAGUUUGUUGUUGGCGGAAAAGUCUGAACAAACUAUUUUAUUCAGCCGCAGACUGAGUGAUAUUUAUAUACUUAGGUUUUCGUCGAUGGAACAUUAGCUCAUGACUGUAUGGCGUUUUCAUGAAAUGUUCAUUUGAGAAGAAGCUAUUGCACUUUACGACCAACUAAAGCGAUGGAGUUGUCUCCUGUCUGCACUGAAGGCGUCAGCUUAGACGGAUGUAUUAAAUCUGACAGAGGUCACAGGAGAAGCAAAGUCUCAAGGGAUGUGGAAAUAGACAUCGACAUCCUCUACCAAGCUGUCCCUCAGCUGGCCAAAGUUUUUCGCAUCAUAGACAAAAUCGGAGAAGGUACGUUCAGCUCUGUGUAUCUGGGUGAGGCUCAGAUGCGGGAUGGGAGGAGAGAGAUGUUUGCCCUGAAGCACCUCAUCCCAACCAGCCAUCCUACACGCAUCGCUGCUGAGCUUCAGUGUCUCACUGUUGCUGGAGGCAGAGAGAAUGUGAUGGGGGUGACGUACUGCUUCAGGAAGGAGGACCAUGUGGUGAUUGUCAUGCCCUAUAUGGAGCAUCAAGCUAUUGUGGACAUCAUUGGCUCAUUGAGCUUUGAAGAGGUCCGUCUGUACAUCUAUCACCUGUUGAAGGCCCUGAGACACAUCCAUCAGUUUGGUAUCAUUCACCGAGACAUCAAACCAAACAAUUUCCUCUACAACAGGGACAGCAAAAUGUAUGCGCUGGUGGAUUUCGGCCUGGCUCAGGGUACAGCGGACACCCAGAUUGAGCUGCUGAAGGUUGUGAGGCAGCGGUCAUCACAAAAAGGUGGAGGGUCCACGGGGAAACUAGACACCACACAGCGGAGCAAAGCACCACCUAGGCUCCCUCCCAAAACCACCACCACAGCCUCCACCUCACUACCUCAUCCUCCACAGCAGUCCACAACCUUGCCACCUUCCUCCUCUUCUUCCUCCACCACCACAUCCUCCUCAGCUUCUCGGAAAGCACUAGUUAAAAAAGCACGUUCUGUCACCACCGCCACCUCUCGCACAAAGCACACUAAGGAUUUGACAGGACUACGCAAAGUGCCACGGCCUGUGUUUGGAGAGAGGAACCUGAACAGCUGCACUCCAGCUCCAUCCACCACCAAACAACCUGUCGCUAAGACAGAGCUGUUAAAGCUCGGCAAAACGGAGGACCCAGCCACCCGAAGGUGCUCUUCAGCCAGCCGGGGCCCGCUGCCUGUCAGGACCCAGAGCAGCAGUCAGAAACCUCAGAGGACCGUACUGCAGGGCCUCACCUGUAGCUGCUACCUGACUGACCGUGUCUGCAACAUCUGCAUGUCCAGGAAGCAGCAGGUGGCCCCCAGGGCUGGAACACCGGGCUUCAGAGCACCAGAAGUCCUCACAAAGUGUCCCAACCAAGGAACAGCCAUAGACGUGUGGUCAGCUGGCGUGAUCCUGCUCUCGCUGCUCAGUGGCCGUUACCCGCUCUUCAAAGCCAGCGAUGACCUGAUCGCCCUCACUCAGAUCAUGACCAUACGAGGCUCCAGGGAGACCAUCCAGGCUGCCAAGGCAUUUGGUAAGGCGGUGGUGUGCAGUCGGGAGCUACCUCGGCAGGACCUCAGGACGCUGUGCGAGACGCUGAGAGGACGGAGGCCUGCACCGGAUGAAGUCACACCGCUACCUGAAGCCAACGAAGACUCCGCCGCCACCUGUCAUCACAAGAUCCAGGACGCUACGCCCACACAUCGUCCCACUAAGGGAACAUCGAAGCAACCCAAAGAUGAAGCGGGUGAAAGACCUUGGUCUCUCUCUUCUGCUCUCCCAAACCCCCAGGAACGUUCAGGGAACACAGAAGCCGCUCGCCUCGCUAAACCGAGCUCAGGGACGGACUGCAAGGUGAAGGAAGACGAGCGGGGCUGGGACACAGUUCCUGAUGAGGCCUACAACCUGCUGGACCGGCUGCUGGACCUGAACCCUGCCACCAGGAUCACAGCCACUCAGGCCCUGCAGCACCCACUGUUCAAAGACCUGUGAAACCGCAGGACCAGGAAUCUCAAAUCCACCUAACAGAACUGCCAGCUUCCUAGACUUUGGUUCAGAUUUAAUAAACUGGAUGAUGCAGAGACAAAGGGGUGUUAUACUUAAUAUUUAAUUUCCGAAUUGUAACCCAGCAGAGAAGGUUAGUCUGUCCCCAUAUGAGAAAUAAUUCUGCUGCAAAGCGGAGAGAUGUUUACAUCCCCGCGUGGAGAAAUGACCUGAACAAGAGAAUAGAGUUCUGAUACACGUCUGUGUGGGGAGGAAAACAUCUUUCAAUUUCCUCUACCAUCGACCCGUUAAAUGCUUCAUAGAUUUUAAUAUUAGUAUGUCCGUUCAAGACAGGUUUGAAUUGCGUUCACAGGCCUGCAGUUUAUGACAGCUAAGUGACAGUACUUUAACAGUGGGCUUUUUAAAGGGCUCUAGAUUAGCUCUAACUAAGAGAGGACCAGAGUAUUGACUUGAGGCAUUAUAUUGGCAGACUAGUGCCUUUUGUGUCAAUGGUUGGACAGUUUUACAUUUGAAGGUACCUGAUCUCCUCUGUGAAGACAUGGAAUCAGCUUGUUACGGCUACACACUGUCCGAUUAUAUUGGUUUUUAUUUUUACACUGUACUUUUUCACUUCGAAGACCAAAAGAGACGCUUAGAAAACUUGACUUCUUU